GAAGGCGGAGAGCGGAGCGAAGGGCGAAGAGCGCGCGUUUCCGAGGCGUUGCGGCUCCCCUCCCCCCACCGCGCCGUGGACAGCUCCCCGCGCGCCAGAGAGGGGCGCGAGGCGUCCUCCUUUCCCCCGCGCGCACGUGGCGAGGAGAGGGGCCCCUUAGGGAGAAGCGCCCCUGGCCCAAUCAGCGCCCGGCAGCCGUCAAAACUGCGCCUCGCGCGGCUCCUCCCUCUUAUUUGGGGAGCGGGCGGGGAGCCGCGCUGUGGUCUGGGCAGCGGCGCGAGCGCAGCCUCUUGCAGGGUCCGCCGUCCGCCCAGUCAGUCCGGCGUGAGGGGCUGCGCGAGUGACACCCGGCGCCGCGCGCGCUCACUCACUCCCUCCGGAUUAUCGCCGCCGACCAGCCCGGGAUGGGCCGCUGGAGUCUCUCGGCAGCCGGCGGGGCGAGGCGCGCCACCGCCGUCGUCGCCGGCUUCUUCUUGGCGCUUCUGGCCAGCCCAGGCAGCGGGGCGGUGGAAGAGAAGAGAGUUUGCCAAGGAACCAACAACAAGCUGACACAGCUUGCAAAUGAAGAAGAACAUUAUACCAGUCUGAAGAAGAUGUAUGAGGGCUGUGAGAUCGUGCUUGGCAAUCUAGAGAUCACCUAUAUGCAUAAUUUUCAUAACCUCACUUUCUUGAAGAGCAUACAAGAGGUGGGUGGCUACGUGAUUAUAGCAAUGAACACAGUGAAAAAUAUUCCUCUGGAGAAUCUCCGGAUAAUCCGAGGAAACACGUUACAUGAUGAUGCUGCACUGACGGUUUUACUAAAUCAUAACUUCAGGAAAGGAUUGGAAGAGCUGCCAAUGAGAAAUUUAACAGAAAUUCUACGAGGAGGAGUAAAAUUCAACAGUAAUCCUUAUCUGUGCAACAUGGAUAACGUUCUGUGGGAUGACAUUGUACCUAGAGGAGCUCUUAUGAAGUUUGAUCCUGAAUGGAGAACAGAAGGCAGGGGUCCUGUAUUGACAAGAACAGACAAUAAAAUUUGCCCCCCGUGUCAUUCCAGUUGUUCAGGAGUCUGUUGGGGUCCUGGUCCAGAAAACUGCCAAAAAUUAACUCGGACAAUCUGUGCGCCUCAGUGCUCAGGCCUGUGCAAGGGAAGGGAACCCAGUGACUGUUGCCAUCCCCAAUGUGCGGCAGGAUGCACGGGUCCCAGAGACAGCGACUGCUUGGCAUGUCGCAACUUUUCGGACGAUGCAACUUGCAAGGAAUCUUGCCCACCUUUGCAAAAAUACGAUACAUACGAUUAUCAGAUGAAAAGCAACCCAGACGGAAAAUACAGCUUUGGGGCAACUUGUGUAAAGAAGUGCCCACAUAACUACUUGGUAACAGACCAUGGCUCAUGUGAUCGGUCAUGUCCUGUGAACACUACUGAGGUGGAACAAGAUGGCAUUCGAAGAUGUAAAAGAUGUGAUGGCCUAUGUAGCAAAGUGUGCAGUGGAGUCGGAAUGGGCAAACUUAAAGAUGUACUCGCUGUCAAUGCAUCCAAUAUCGACAAUUUCAUAAACUGCACCAUAAUUAAUGGCCACCUCUCAUUUCUGAAAUUAACAUUUUCAGGUGAUAAACAUACAAAAACACCUCCUUUGGAUCCAGAGAAGUUGGACAUCUUUAAAACUGUUAAAGAAAUCACAGGAUUUUUGGUGGUCCAGGAUUGGCCUGAAAAUGUCACUGAUUUGAAUGUGUUUGAGAAUUUGGAGGUUAUACGAGGCAGAACAAAACAUCAUAGCCAAUAUGCAAUUGCUGUCGCUGGCCUGAAUAUCAGAUCUCUGGGAUUGCGUGCUCUCAAGGAAAUAAGUGAUGGAGAUGUUGUGAUUUUAAAGAACCCGGAUCUCUGCUAUGGCAACACCGUGAAUUGGACUGCUCUUUUCAAAACAAACAAUCAAAAAACAAGGAUCUUCAAUAAUGAAAAUGAAACAGAAUGUGCUGCUACAAGACGAAUUUGUCAUCCACUCUGCUCGGAUAACGGGUGUUGGGGCCCAGGGCCUUCCCAGUGCUUUUCUUGUCGUCACUUUUCUCGCCAACGGGAGUGUGUGCAAGAGUGCAACAUUUGGCAAGGGGAGCCACGGGAGUUCAAUGAUCUUUCUACCUGUGUUCAGUGCCACCAAGAAUGCCUAGUGGACAAUUCAACUGAAGCAACUUGUACAGGACCAGGUCCCAACAACUGCACAAAGUGUGCUCACUUUAUGGAUGGACCUAACUGUGUUAGAACUUGUCCUAAUGGUAUUUUGGGUGAAAAUGAUGUCUUAAUCUGGAAAUAUGCAGACAAAAAUUCAUUGUGCCAACUGUGUCAUCCAAACUGUACCCGUGGAUGUAAAGGACCAGGACUUGAAGGCUGUCCUAAUGGCUCCAAGGUCCCAUCCAUUGCUGCUGGAGUUGUUGGAAUCCUGUUUGUUUUUCUUCUCAUUGCGCUGGGCAUUGGUCUUUAUGUGCGGAGGCGUCGCAUUGUCAGAAAACGGACGUUGCGCCGGCUGCUACAGGAAAGAGAGCUUGUUGAGCCUUUGACACCCAGUGGAGAAGCACCAAAUCAAGCUCUCUUAAGGAUUUUAAAGGAAACAGAAUUUAAAAAGGUCAAAGUUCUGGGCUCUGGGGCUUUUGGUACUGUUUACAAGGGGCUCUGGCUUCCAGAAGGAGAGAAGGUUAAAAUUCCUGUGGCUAUUAAGGAAUUGAGAGAGGCCACAUCCCCCAAAGCCAACAAAGAAAUUCUCGAUGAAGCGUAUGUGAUGGCAAGUGUUGACAAUCCCCAUGUGUGCCGUUUGCUGGGAAUUUGCCUGACAUCCACCGUUCAGCUCAUCACCCAGCUGAUGCCUUAUGGCUGCAUUCUUGACUACGUCCGAGAAAACAAGGAUAACGUCGGUUCCCAGUACCUUCUCAACUGGUGUGUGCAGAUUGCAAAGGGAAUGAAUUAUCUGGAGGAGCGGCGUUUGGUACACCGUGAUUUAGCUGCCAGGAAUGUCCUUGUUAAGACGCCCCAGCAUGUGAAGAUUACUGACUUUGGAUUAGCCAAACUACUUGGUGCGGAGGAGAAGGAGUAUCAUGCAGAAGGAGGAAAAGUUCCUAUUAAAUGGAUGGCCUUAGAGUCUAUUCUGCAUCGCAUUUACACCCACCAAAGUGAUGUUUGGAGUUAUGGUGUCACAGUUUGGGAACUGAUGACGUUUGGAUCGAAACCAUACGAUGGGAUCCCGGCCAGUGAGAUUUCUUCUGUCUUGGAGAAAGGAGAGCGUCUGCCUCAGCCUCCUAUUUGCACAAUCGACGUCUAUAUGAUUAUGGUCAAAUGCUGGAUGAUCGAUGCAGACAGUCGCCCCAAAUUUCGGGAACUGAUAGCAGAGUUCUCCAAAAUGGCUCGUGACCCCCAGCGCUAUCUGGUUAUACAGGGCGAUGAAAGAAUGCACUUACCAAGCCCAACAGAGUCGAAAAUUUACCGUAGCCUGAUGGAAGAGGAAGACAUGGAGGACAUUGUGGAUGCAGACGAAUACCUCAUUCCUCACCAGGGAUUUUUCAGCAGCCCGUCAAAUUCACGGACACCGCUCUUAACUUCACUGAGUACUACCAGCAAUAAUUCUACAAUGAUCACCUGCAUAGAUAGAAAUGGGCAGGGAUACCCAGUGAGAGAAGACAGUUUCAUCCAGAGAUACAGUUCAGAUCCGACUAGGGCGUACCUGGACGACAGCUUUGACGAUGGCUUCCUGCCCGCUCCAGAAUACCUGAACCAGCAAGUGUCCCAAAAGCCGUCUGCUUCUGUGGUACAGAAUCCAGUCUAUAGCAGUCUGUCCCUCCCUGCUGAUCCAAGAGUCGAGGCCGAUUCGAACCAUCCGAAUUCCCACAGCACAGCUCUGGACAACCCAGAGUAUCUCAACACAAACUUAUCUCCUUUCGCUAACACCGUUUUUGACAGCUCCCCCUACUGGGACCAGACAGCCAACUACCAAAUAAAUCUGGACAAUCCAGAUUACCAGCAAGACUUCUUGCCUAGAGAGACCAAAACGAAUGGCCUUGCUAAAGUCCCUACAACUGAAAAUCCAGAAUACCUGAGGAUAGCAGCGCCCAAAAGUGAAUACAUUGAAGCCUCAGCGUAACUACUAAGAGAAGCUUCUGUUUGCAGCAACAACAAACUGGGGACAGAGGUGACAGUGCUGGCUGCCAUAGAAGCAAGAUAUAGACAAAUAGAGGAGCAGUCACAACCACACCACCAGGGCACACUUCCCCUUCCUAGUACAUGUGCUGGUUUCACCGAGCUUGCUUACGACUUCUCUUACUUCUGUCUAUACAGAAGAUGUUAUUAGGUACCGAAGGACAUCCGGCCAGCAAGAAAUUGCCGCAUUCAUUCCUUUCUUUCUUAGCAAGCUAUGUGGGGUAGAGUCUGUAUAUGAAUACAAAUGGCUGUGGUCAGCAUCUACUAUGCCCUUGCGAUGCUGUGUAUUUUUUUUAAUGUUUGGUAUUUUUCAAGAGCUUUUAUGCGAUCAAGACAUCCGGAUGAUGAACUGUUGGAUGCCAUUCACAUGGAGUGGUGGGGAAUUUCCGUUGUUUUAAAAAAGAGCCAAGACAUUUUUUUCAAGUCUCCCGGGCAAUGCUAACACAGCUUUUAAGGUUAAAGAAAAACACAUUCCUGUGCAUUGGUCUAACUCUUUAAACGCCAGCUUCACUUGAUAUUUUGUUGUACAGAGAAAGAGAUUCUUCUCACGAGGAAUUUGUUCAAGUUGUUUCUGAAAAACUGACUCACUGUGGGCAGAGUUUGAUUUCUGCUGGCCCAUUGAACAGAAGGGCUUGCCCUGGAGCACUCACUGCCACCUGACCACUAUUCCUGGGAAGCCGGAACUCUGCAAACUUCAGAUAUUGGUCAGAAAAAGUUUAUAAAGUACUCACUAGACUUUCUGUAAAAUGUUCACUGUUGGCCUGGAUCACAGAAUUCCGUUUUUGUUGUUUUUUGCUUUUGUUUUCUGGCUCCACUAUUUUCUCUAGAGUUGGGAAAGAUAAAUUUCAAAAAUUUACCUUUAAAAAGCUAUAAACAAAUAUUUUUAAAAAAUGAAUUUAAACAAUGAGGAAAUGCUGGGGCUGCAGUUUGGCUGAAGUGGUAUGAAUCCAGGCAUAGCUGUUCUCAGCAAAUAUCAAAGGGCAGAAGCAGGGAAAUUCUCCUGCACAAGCUCUGUUCUCAUGAAUGCUCUUUGACAGCUCUUGUUUAUCUUAGUGGGGGGUUGUACUGGAGAAGGCCCUGUUGAUCAUUCACUUUGAUCUGUAAUUCAUUGGGCAAGGGGUAGGGAGAAAUGAAGAAAGACGUUACCACUAAGGAAAACCACUUAGAAUUCUGUCAUACUUAAAUGAAGCCCAGAGAUGAGAAGUAACCUGGCUCGUGUGUGUGUGUGUUGGAUAAAUCACCAAUAAAUACACACCACUAAUGUGGUAGGAAGGGAGAAGUAGUAUCGAGAAUCAGUUGCCUGCAUUUUAACACAGAACUUCACCCUCAUAUGCACCUAUUCUGGAAGAAAAUCAGGCCAGGCCAGCACCAUGUAGCCUACGUAGACUGAAUGCCUUCGCUGCCGUGUAGAUAAGUUAAUGUUGAAACCUCUUUCUGUUGCCCUCUGGAAGGCAUUUCGUUAGAGAGCCCAGCUGCUCUGGAAUCAUUGAUCAAGAACAAAACAUCAGAACUUGCUCUGAAGGGAGAGAAGUAAGCGAAUGAAAUUAAAAGUUUUCCAUGUGCUAUUUGAGGAAAUGGAGGAGUAGCUGGAAAAGUCAUCAGUAAUCUCACAGAGAAAAACUUAACGGUUCCUGGGCUUGUAUCCCCAGAGUCUCACGCCCACUAGAUUGACAGCCAGAGAGCAUGCAGGGCUGAGUAGACUGGGCCAGCAGAAAUAGAAGUAGUAAGAAGCUAGCUUAUUUUCUGAUUUUCAUUCCAUCGCAUCUUUCUCUGGCCACUUACACCAAAUUACAUUUCAGUUACAUUUACUCGGGAUUUCAGUUGGUUUAUCUAUGAAACCACUAUGAAUCUUCAGGCAUGAGUUUAUGACAGACAUCUCUGGUAACCCGUGCUUUCGGAAUGCAUCCUUCACACAUUGUGAAAUUUUCAGAGUAAAUUCUAGUACCUCAAUUUUUGGGGGUGAUGAAGUCAAUCCAUCAAAUUACUUAAAUGUAUGAUGUAAUUUUGUUAGGUCCCUGGUCACUGUGAUUACUGUCCCAAACUAAAUGAAAAUCUGAGAAGCAUGUCGAUCACGCAAGCAUGUCUGCCGUGAGUUCUCUGAUUUCAGAGCCUCUUGCAGUGUUAUUCCUGCAGCCUGGCUCCCGCACGCAUCAUUCAGCUAUUUGCGAUGCCUGUAUCUCAUGCCUCUUGAAAAUAAGAGGAAUAAACCAAAGUGAGGUAUCAACCUUCCUAAAUGAGUACAGAAUUCUACUACAGCUGUAUGUGAAACAGCAAGAGAACACAGGUCCUGUAUCACUAAAAGAACAUCAGAAGGGGUCCGUAGUGUGAUAUUUCUAUAGUGUGAUAUUUCUAUAAAGGACAGAAGCGUCUCCUCAAGGAAGAUUGCUCCUCAGGGAACAGAUACUGGACCAUCAACCACACAUGCAUCUAUUGUGCAGGUCCGCUAUGCUAAAUUCUUCCCACAGUCCCACUUACAAAAAGUACUUCUGUGCAUGAUCUUAUCCGAGUGUGGAUUUCCUGCUAUGUUUUGCCAGUAGCCACAGUUCCCCCAGUUCAUGUGCCAGUUUAUACAGCCUAUGUGAAAGCACUUCACUUUUGCAAUAACUAUUGUCAGUUGGCAGAAGGGAGUGCGUCACCAGCGUAUCAGAAGGAGGGCAGGAUUGUCACAGUCAAUCUACACGGGAGUCCCACAUCAGUUCCUUUCUCCAGAGCCUCUGUAGAAUUCUGGUGACUUAAAAAGCAGCCCUGAAUUUUAGACAUUUUGCAUUUCCUGACAGGCAUUUCGUGGGAGCGGGGAGAUGUAAAAGUUACGGGCAAUAACCCAUAAACUGUACCUACCUCUUCAAUGUCGGCUGUUGUGAACAUUGCUCUAGCUUUUCUGAUAUUUAUAUUUCUCUGUGAGAAAAUAUUUUAGUUGGAGCAAAGUAAAUGUUUUUUUUUUCUGUUUGCACCUCCUAGUCCUUAAUAAAUGUGUGGUAAAAAUAUUGUGAAAUAUAUCGAAUUCCACUGCCAAAGGUGAUAUUUUAAAGAUAACAACGUUUUAUAACCAUCCUAAAUCACUAUUAACUGUGAUUUUUUUUCCUGUUAAAAUCUCACAUUUCUUACUUUGCCUUCCCAAUAACUUCCCGGUUCUUUUUUUUCUUUUGCUUUAGCACUUUCAAAGUCUUUUUUAAAAAAAAUAAAAAAUAUUUUUAAGAUACACUUUAAUUAUCUUUUUACAUACAAAUGGGCUGUUAGGACCAAAGAAAUUUUCUUGUUUUUAACCCAUGAAUAAAAAAAAGAUUUAUGAACAUUUCCUUAGGUUCUCAUUAUUAAACCUUUUUAAAAAAUCAACUGUGGACUGGCAUAGAUCCUAUUAAAACCCUUACAAAACAAGUAUCAACUUUCAGGAGUCAAAGCUCUGAAAAAGAGAGCCUUGACUCUCAAAAGCAUACACCCAGGAAAUCCUGUUGGUCUUUAAAGUGCUACUGGACUCAAAUCUUGGUCUUCUUUUGCAGACCAACAUGGCUACCUACCCGAAACAAUGGGUCUUGCCACACGAGACAAAAUACACUCGAAUUACACAGGUAAUUCAAGUGUAUUUUGUAAUUUGAGGGUAAAAUACACUUGAAUUAUACAGGUAAUUCGAGUGUAUUUUGUAAUUCGAGUGUAAUUCAAGUGUAUUUUGUCUCGUGAGGUUUGACCCUUCCUUAAAGCAGGGACUUAAAUGCUGCCUUGGACUAUCAGUCGUAGAAGCACAGUAAGAGCUCAUUAAAGCAAGCAUUUUUCCAUUUCAGGACUGCCAUGAGCAGUCUUGUCUCCAGAUAGCCUGGAGGGGUGGAAUAUGCUGUGGUUGCCAGGCCUAUCAGUUUGUCAGUGCACAUAUUUCCUCAUAUAAAUGUUAACAUGGCUGCCACAAUGAAAACAGACUUUUUUCACCUAGCCUGAUCAUAUACUUGAUCUGUUUUGAAUUCUAUAGGCAUUCUUUACCCUUGUGGGAGAGAACGUUUGGGGAAAUUCUGGGUGACAUUCUCCAUUAAAGCAAUGAAAAUUCUCCCUUGCACUCACACAAAAGUUGGUGGCAGUCGGAUUUUGAGGGAUGUACCAACUGUGAAGACAGAUGGUUGUAAUUGGGCUUUUAUAAAAUCAAAGCCCCAAUAAGAAUUAGUAAAGGCAAGGCCAGGGGAGUAGGAAAUGGUGGUCUUGGUAUCUUCUGUCAUUCAUUCUGUGGGACCGGCAUCACAAAGGGAGCAAAGCUUGUUUUUUUCCCCAAAAAUGCAUAAAUUGUUGGUCUUCAUUGUUUUAAGCUACAAAUCUGCUGUUUGGAGGCUUCCUUGCAUGUUGCAAGGUGGAGUAAAAAUGUAAUGGAUAAGCUAUCUUCCACUUGCAGUCAAGUAAUUUCAUUAUGGUAAAAAUACACAUGACUUUUAAAAGAACUCAUUGCAGGAUUUCUGGCUGCUCUUUUGAUUGAAAACAAUCCUCGAAAUGUCAGGGACCCUAGUCCUUGCCCUUUUUGCAAAAAGAUUGUAACUUUAGAUGGGGAACCGUUUAUCGACAUACCAUCCAUGCAAUCUGUGUUGGAAUGAAAGCAAAUAAUUUGGGCAUCCUUGUUAAUGCUGGUGGAAAGUGCUAUCAAGUCACAGCUGACUUCCGGCAAUCCCCAUAGGAUUUGCAAGGCGAAAGAUGUUCAGAUGUGGUUUGUCAUUGCCUCUCUCUUUGUAAAAUAGUAGAGUCCAGUAGCACCUUUAAGACUAACUAACUUUAUUGUGGCAUAAGUUUUCAAGAACCACAGCACUCUUCAUCAUCUAACAAAGAGAGCUGUGGUUCUCGAAAGCUUAUGCUACAAUGAAGUUGGUUAGUCUUAAAGGUGCUACUGGACUCUUCACUAUUUUGCAACUGUAGACUAACAUGGCUAACUCCUCUGGAUCUGUCUCCCUCUUUGUAGAAACUCUGCACUUCCUUGGUGGUUCCCCCAUCCAAGUACUAACCAGAACCAGCCCUGCUUAGCCUCUGAGAUUUGCUAGCCUUGGCCAUCCACGUCAGGGUUCCUUGUCAAUACCACCUUAGAAAUCAGGAAGAAUCUAAUUUUGUUCAACAAGAACAAAUCUUAGAACUGAUUUAACAUGAAUAAUGUAACGUCAAACAGGAGGGGAGGAGUUCCAUUUCAGGAGGACCAAUCCAACAUGGAAUAUCUGUGUACAGAAGUAAAUCCUAGUGCAGCCAUUGUGUAUCUCAGUGCUCAUUUGGGCCCCAUCAAGCUGUCUGGGUACAUCCUGUCUAGCAGAUGGGGUACCUUAUCCAGGGCUGCUAGAGCUGAACUGGGGCUCUGGCACAUAAAGAACCUGUGGAACUAGUAGUAAGUGUAAAGAAGUUCUGUAAAGUUGUAAUUAGCAUUGCAUAGAGAGGAUUAGUGUAGGCCAUAUAAACUAUUGGGUAGUAUAUCUUACAGUUCACUCUACUACGCACCAUUCUUGUGCAGACCAUGUUGAAAUACGUAGAAAUUAUGCAGGAAAUCCUGCUGUCUACCAGCAUCUCUUGUAAAUGCAUUUGCCUAUGAAAGCACAAUUUGUACAAAUAAUAAAUGCCAUGUUUUGUACUGUUGAAUUGUUUUUAGCGUCGAUAAAUAUAAUUUUGUAUAUGAAGUGAUGGAAACUAAGGUGUGUAUAAUUGUUUUCCAUUUUUAAAAGUUUUUUUUUAUAAGAACAGCUGAUAUUGUAACAUAGCCGAUGAUGUUGGAUGGAAGAUAAUACUUUUGAAUUGCAUGUAAGAUUUAAGCUUUGUGGAGUACAAAUGAAAAAAAAAUCCCUUUUUUAUUCUGACUAUUGAAAAUGUGUCUGUGGGAAUUUAACUAGAAGUUGGGGGGGAUUGUGACUGCAUGCCUAAGCACACUCACCUGGAGGCAUGUUCUUCUUGGACUAAUAGAACUUGCAUCCAGGUAAUAGUAAUUAGAAUUGGAAUAGUCACAGUAAUUACUAAUAAAGCACUUUUUUAAA